CGCGUCGUCUCGCCUCGUACCGCCUCCACCUGUCUCGCCAGCCGCGGCGUCCGACUGGCGCCAGCGCAGACGUCGUAGUUGGCGCGCGUAGCCGCCUGGACACGAGUCGUGGCAGGUGCCGAACCACGCCGUGAACGUGUGAGGAGAGUCGGUACCAGAGGCUCCUUGUCGCUCAGUCCUCGGAAUUGCCGGCUGAAGAAUCCAGUCCUGACCUACGGAGGAGGUGAUGCGGCGGUGAGGAUGCGGCGGCGAGCGGUGGCGCGUCCGGCGCUGCUGCUGGCGCUGCUGCCGCUGGCGCUGGCGGCCGACGGCGACUGGUCGGCGUGCGCGCCGCCCUGCAGGUGCAAGUGGUUCUCGGGCCGCAAGACGGCCGAGUGCAGCAACGGCAGCCUGUCCGCCGUGCCGCAGGGCCUCAGCCCCGAGAUCCAGACGCUCGACCUGUCGGGCAACGCCAUCGCCGCGCUGCCCGCCGACGCCUUCCGGCGAGCGCACCUCGUCAACCUGCACAAGCUGUUCGUGCGCGACUGCGGCGUGGCGCAGCUGCACCGCGACGCCUUCCGCGGGCUCGAGAUCCUCAUCGAGCUGGACCUGUCGCGCAACCGCAUCCGCGACCUCGCGCCGGGCACCUUCCGCGACAACGUGCGCCUGCGCGUCGUCAGCGCCAACCACAACCCCAUCCGCCGGCUCGCCGACCACGUCUUCGUCGACCUGCCGCACCUGCAGACGGUCGAGCUGAGCCACUGCCAGCUGACACACCUCGGGCAGCGCCCCUUUUCCGCCGUGCCCAACCUGCAGACGCUGCGCCUCGACUCGAACCGGUUGACGAGCCUGCGGCCGGAGCCGCUGCUGCCGCUCGACCGCCUCAAGAGCCUGGUGCUGCACAACAACCCUUGGCGCUGCGACUGCGGCCUGGCGGCGCUGCACGCGUGGACGCGCGAGCGCAACCUCUACACGCCGCCCACCGCCUGCAGCGAGCCGGAGGCACUGCGCGGCCGCCUUUGGAGCGACCUGUCGCCCGAUCAGCUGGCGUGCGCCCCGCGCGUCGUCUACCCUAGCGCCGGAGCGCGGCUCGAGGCGGCGGCCACCGGUGACGUCACGCUGAGGUGCCGCGCAGAGGGCGAGCCGCCACCGGCCGUCCACUGGGUCUACAACUCCCGCGUCGUCUCCAACGACACGCGGCGACCCGGCGGCGGCUCCGACGGCCGCGGCUACACCCUGCGCGCCGGAGGCGGCUGGCUCAACCUCACGGUGCACGACCUGCACCACGCGGACCGCGGCGAGUACACCUGCGUCGCGAAGAGCUCCGGAGGGCUGGACGAGCGCGCGGUGACGCUCGUCGUCGUGGCGGCGUAUGCCGGCGGCGCCCUGGCCGGCAUCAGCACGACGCUCGCCUGGAUACUCCUCCUCGGCGUAGGCUCGGUGCUCAUCCUCUGCAUCGUCGUUGCGAUCUUCUGCUGGUUCUGCCGCACCGACGUCGCCACCGGGGACGUUCCCACUAAGAAGAACGGCCGCGAGAACUCCGGCGGCAACGGCAAGCAGGCCGCCAAAGAGGCGGUCGCCACCUCGGAACAGGAGAAGACGCUCAUCAAGAAGGUGAACCCGGUUCAGAAGCCGCCUCGCAACGUGGAAGCCGCGGCGGCCAUCGUCUCGGCGAGCAGUGACACCUCAGAUGCCAAAACGGCCCUUCUGGAUACCUCUUCCGUCAAGCAGGCGCCCAGCGUCGCGGGCAGCGAGUGCACGCAGGUCAGCUCGACGUCUUCGGGCUGCAACAGCGACAGCACGGUCCUUCAAAACAGCGCGAACGAGGGCGUCGUGCAGACCGCCACCAGGAAGAUAUACCCUCCGGAUCUACUCUCCUUUCCUUCGCGCACCAGCCAAAUCGUACCGAACGCCAAUAUCCCUUUCAGGACUUUUAAGAACGCGCAGUUGACCUCGCCUCAGAACGUGGCGUCGUCGCCGCUGACCAGUCCCCUCUCACACCAAGCACCACACCUAUUUGAUACCCUUCCCCACUCACUUUCGCAAUCCAGUCUUUCCACAGCAUUGUUGAACAAGGCAAACAGUGGUGCUGGCGGACAGCGAACUGGUUUCGUCACCCUCCCCAGAAACCCUCAUCUCGUCCACAGGAACAGCAUAACGGAAGGCUCCCUGGCUUCUCACUGCCUCAGCAUGAAGCCCGGAGACGCGUUCUCCACAGGUUCGCCUCUGGUCGGCAACGCGGCCCUCUCCCUCAACAGAAACUUGCGCAGCGGGACGAUGCCGACCAUUGUGAAAUGUCUCCCCCUCUCGCCGACGACGAAACGACUCUUCCUCCCUCCGCACCAUUCUUCCAAUUCCCCCAUCGAGGAACUUCCCCCCAGCGCAUUCUACCCAGAGAGGAAGCCCACCCUCGUUCGCAGGCAUUCGACGAAGAGCAACAUGUCGUCUCCCCUCCUGAGCCCCGACCUAGUCCAGAUAAAUUCCUUCCACGAAGGGCCUAACCAGACGUCGCCACUGAGGAUAAACGAAGGCUUGACAUCACCACUGAGAAUAAACGAAAACUUCGUGAGACACGCUCCCGACGGGGCCAGCGUCAGGGGUCACGAGGAAUUUGUGAAAUCCCCUAGUGUCUUGGACACGUUGUCUCCGUCUUUCUCCAGGGAUAACGGCGGUCGCAGUUCCAGAAAAUACAAACUACCUGCAGCGCAGCAUUUCCAGUCGAACAUCAUCAGUGCAGAUCCACUUUCCAGGACACUUUACCAUUACGACAAUGAAGACGGUACUGCUGUUUAGUCGCAGCAAACCUCCUCAUUCCUUCUCCUAUAACAUUUUUUUUAUAUAUGUGAUCCGAAUAUUUUGUUAAAUGUGCAUCGUACGUGUGCAAUGAAGUAGUGGUGCUACGUGGACCAAGAAUUUGUAACUAGCUCGUUAAAACAGGGUAACGAAUCGAUUGCAGAGGAAUGUGAAUGUGUGCGGGUGUUGUAACAAUUUUUUAUCAGUGCCUUCCAACAUAAUUUUUCAAGAAAGUACGAUGUUAAAUUGUGGAAAAAAAAUUCCGAAUGUUUUCUUAAAUGGCUUCCUUCUAAUGUGUCUGAUAACCCAACCCUUUUGUAUGAAGCUUUAUCUACAAAGUGAAAUCUGUUGGUACAGUGGUAUGGACUGAGAAAUGGCUACGGUCAAUAACUUUCAUUCCUAAAAAAUGUGUUUGUACUGAUGUAUAAUGGCCUGACUGUGAACUGUUAGAUACUUGUAAAUUGUAUAUUACGGAAAUGUGAAAAGUGUAUUUCAUAUUCUUUGUUGAUUAUGAUGUAUUUAGUUUAUAAAACAAUAAAAGAUUAAGUUAUUCU